UCCUGGAAUGAGUUACAGCCUCCCUGGUGGUGGUGGUGCUGUGGGGCGUCAAGUCACUUUGUUUAAGGGAGAGUUUUCCCCCUCGUUCUCCCUCUGCCUGCCCAGCACAGUCGCUCGCAGAUGGGAUGAAAAAAGAAAAGUGUCCUGCACUGCAAAUGGCCUCCUGUUCAACACUAAUUGUUUGCUAGUCUGGAGUCAGCUUUGGUGGAUGAAGGCUGGUGAGUCUAAGAUGUUUGACAGAAUCAGACGAUCUGAUGAAGCUUCUGCUUCUUCAGCACAGGGAAUCCAAAGACAUGGUGCUGAAGGUUCUCUACGUCGGGACAGCAGUAGCAGUUCCCACACAAGAGGGCAAGAACGUGCUUGGCCUGGAGUAUCCACUGUGCAAAAUAGACAAGGGUACUGCAACUGUUGCCACGUACACUACAGUAAUCUGGAACAGCACGUUUUCAGCUCCCAGCACAGACAUUUUACGACGUACUGUAGGAAUCGUACAGGUACCAGUAGCUUGAUGGAGCGUUUCCUGCAAGAUGUUUUACAGCAUCAUCCCCACAGAUACCAUGACAACAGACCAACAUACGAUGACAUGCCACUUCCCAUCACUCUGGAGACUCCUAGGAUUUCUUGCCUGUCCCCAGCAGAGAUGCAGAAAAAGAGGAACAGUGAUAAACAGCAGCUUUCCAGCAAAGACAAGGAAUCCAUUGGUGAAAUACACUCUUCUGCUCCAUGCCUGUCUCACGAGGGCACAGAGAAAACUUCUGUAACACAAGCAGUUUUUCAAAACCUAGAAAGAGGCCAGGAACAUGUUCCAGGAAGAUCCCAGCAGUCUACUGGCAUCUGUAGCAACAAGAAAUGGGUUACUCUGAAAAAUGCAAAUCAUAGCCAUGAAGGUCAGUUUACAGCUGUGAGCCCUGUACCUCAGCAAUUUUCCAUUAGUCCUAUAAUCCACAAUUCUUCUGUUAAUCCUAAAACAGGAAAAAGUGUUAGGGAUUUGGCAGCAUCCAAUCUGUUUCUCCAUAAUAAAUGUGAUGAAAGAGCAACGAAGGCCUGCAUUAGUGAUGUGUUAUUGAAGCCAUGCUUGAAUCCUGCUCCAGCACUAGCUCACCCAAAACACUCUUCAGUUUCUCAUCAGAAUCCUACAUGCAGCCACAGCAAUUCUUUAUUUAUUACCUCAGGUCAAUCUCCCUCAAAGCGAGAUAGUUUACAAACUCAGGAUGAAACUUUGGUGUCUGAUCUCCAUCUCAGGGAUACUGUGGGUAUCAGCAGCUCCCUAGAUCUUGGGACAUCCCCACAAUUAGCAAGAUGCAAAAACGUGAAGACAAACAGAGGUGAUGGAAGUUCAGUGGAUGAAACUAUUGAAGAUGUAAUUUUGAAAUACUGCCAUGAAACUACAUCUGAAGAAAUUUAUAUCAAAGAAGAGAAUAAUCCCUGUUUAACUUUUUCAUCACUUCUGGACCAUACUAAUUUAGAGGGCUCUGAAAUGAGUUUUGACUGUGAUGCACCAAUGCAGGCAGGAACAGACUUACCCAAGGCAGCUAUAAAAGAUAUAGAGUUCCUAAAAGAGGUCCAAGUAAGUUUGCAAGAUAAAGACUACGGAACACAGCUCUGCUCUGUUUUAAAAACUGAGUCAGUAGAGAAAACAGAAGCAGUGAAACAGGAUGUCAUAGUUCAUACUGAAGAACCAGUUCUUCCAGCUCUGCCUCAUGUGCCUCCUUCUUUUGUGGGAAAGACGUGGUCUCAAAUAAUGUACGAAGAUGAUAUAAAAAUUCAAGAACUUGUGCGUGAUUUCAGGGAGGGUCGUUUUCGCUGCUAUUUUGACAAUGAAUCGUCAGCCAACUGUACAGGCAAGAGAAUGAAGAAAAAAAAGCAGAAGGAUGAAAAAAGGAUCAAUGUUACGGAGGGUAACAGAACAGAAAGUGCACCAGUUAAAGCAUUGCCAGAAUUUAAUGAUGCUUUAAGUGGUGGCUCUGAUUUUGAUAACCCAUCUUUAGCCUCAGAUACUCUAUGCAACCCACAAAUACUUAAAAUGCCUAGGAAAAGGACAUGGCGACUGGCUUCAAGAUGCCAGGUGGUUAAAGUCAGCCACGGCACCCAAACAAGUCUAUUGAACUACCCUGUAGCAAAAAGGAAAAUGCCUAGAAGAGAAUCUGAUCCAGCUGAUCAGAAAGCAAGCAUUGCGCGGUUGGAGAAUGAAAAAACUCCAAACAUGAAAACUAGACUAUGUGCCCUUAAACUUCCAGAGUCCUACAGCAAGAUUAUGAGUCCUGUACAGCCCAAGACAGUGGUGUAUGUACUCUCUUGCCCAGAGGUAAAACAGUGUAAAGGUAAACCUGUAGAUACUUCCAAAAUGAGGAAAAAUCGAAACUCUGCAGAUAGCAAGGACUCUGUAAGGUAUAAAUACAAACAGUGUUCUUUCAAGUAUUAUGAUCCACUGACAAAUCGAAUUCUGAAAACGCCUCCAAAGAGUACGGUUGGAGAAAAGGCCAAAAAGCCCUCCCAUGUUCGACAGCUUUUCAGAAGUCUCAGCUUUGAUGCAAACAUGCGAAAACUAGCAGAUGCACAGAGAGAAAGCACGCCAUCAAAGUCACUCAACUGGUCAGACUACUACAGUUCAUCUUCAGCAUCUUUCCUGACAGAUCCAGAUAAAGGGAAUGAUACAGCCUCAAGUCAAAAGGCAGAUGGAUCUUCUGUUUCCACAGAAAGAACAGAUUGUCUUGUGUCUAGUCACUCUGAGAACUCUUUUAAACACUUGAUCAUUUCACCUUUGAACUCUGUGAUAGAAGGAGAUUGUAGAUUAAUUCCAUUUAAUAGAAUUACCAAAACUCCUCUGACCUCCAUCAGGAGUGAGUGGCUAGAGAGGGAGAAUCCAAAGGCAAUAUGGAAGAGGAAAGAAGGCACUAAUAAAGAACCAGUUUUUUCCAGAAAGGCUUCAGGAUCUAAGUCUGUCACGUGUACUGUUGGGAGGAGAGGAAGCAGAGUAACUGCAGGCAAACAAACUUCCAGAACUAAAAAACAGCAAAGAGAGGGGUUGAGAAGACAACUUCAUCCUCGUGCCCAGAAAUCUGCUUUCUCCAUCCAUAGGUGCCAGACAAGGAAAACUACAGUGGGAAAGCACCCUAAGAAAGAAAAGCCUGAUGCUAAAAAAUUAAAGGUGAGGAGUAAACCAAAAAGGGCCUUUCUGAGCUCAACAGUUGUAACAGGGAUUCCUGAAAAGAGGCAGAAAGUCACAUCAGAAUCUUUUCCCAAGAAACCAGAGCAAGCUUCCUCCAAAGUCAGGAACUGGAAAGUAAGUGGAGAUCGGGGUCAUCCUAGCACUGUGAACCGACGCUCUCGAAGAACAACUGCUGUACCGUUACUUCGAAACUGUCUUGUUCUGCCAGGUGAGAGCUAGCUACCAAAAGAACUUUUUUUUUCUGUUUUUAUAGCCAGCACCUGCAAAAAGGAAGGGGGAAAAAAGGAGGUCGUGGACAACGCAGUUGAAGCACUAGAGCUCCAGAAAGUACGAAGCCAGUCUAAUGUGAAACAAAUACAACUGUAAACUUGGCUCUUGUUCCUGGAAUAUGGGGACGUGGUGUAUUGCACUGUUCUACUGUGUAAAGCUGCAGAAGUUGUAGAUUUGACUUAAAAGCACUUAGAAUCCUAUUUACUAGACUUCACCUGUACAUCAGCAAAAUGACCUGGAAUAGUAUCAUAUUGAUUAUAUGGUAUUAUCAGUGCGUGACAGUGCACUAUAAUAAGGUAAUUUAGAAACUGUGUUAAUUAAUUGUGCCUAAUUUAAUUUCUUCACAUAAUUCUAAAGUGCAAAAAAUGACUUGGUUGUUAUGCUAGAAAUUAAAUGAAGAUACAUCAGUUUGGGCUGAAUUCUGUGUAUGUAUUUUGUGUUUGUGUAAAUGCGCACCUUCUUCAACACGUAAUAUAUACUUGCCUGUGGAAUGGCAUUAAAAUUAAUACAGGAUGAUACAAUUCAGAUCCGUUCAGUGCUUUCUUGAAAUGAAAUGUAGUUUUACACAUUUUUGUAUUGACUUUUUUCCUGAAACCAUGUCCAAAGCAGUUGUUUUAGACAAAAAGUCACUGUGGGCUCUCAUCAAGCAAUAAUGGACCAUGUGGGUACGGAAAAUGUCUCUUUAGGGACUGUUCAAAUGGUCGUGGCUAAAGUGAAAUUUCAAAUUCUAAAUGAAAUACAGGCUUAGGUUUGGGGUUUUUUUGUUUGUUUUUGUUUUUAGUAGCUUAUUGAGAAAGUUUGUAGGUGAAUUUUACAUUCCUUAGUGGAGGGGGAUGGAAAAGUAAUAAUGCAAACAGAUAGCUCUGGGUUGUUUUGGAAUGUCAACCUUAAGUUUGGGUUUCUGUGCUCUUUUGACUUUAAUUGGGUGUACUAUUGGUUAAAUUUUUAUGGACUAGAGUUGAAACUUUCAGUAAAAUAUUUAAAUAAACCUAAAGUAGCAUCCAUGUAAAUGUAUUAGGGUUCAAAUAUUUCUUUAAAUAUUUGGGUGAAUUAAAAUUUUAUUCUGUAGAGAUUCAUGCUUGGCCACUGAUGCUCCAACCAGUAUGGUUUUAUGGCAAAAACAAUCCCCAUGGUAUUUUGGUUUUGUUUUUUUUCCUUUUUUAGUAGUUGUUAUGAUGACAGCUUAUUUAAUGUGUUUAGGAGACAUAAUCCCCAGUCUUGUGGGUGUCUCUUUGCUCUAAAACCCAAGAUUAAUUGUCCAUUUGUGGUAAGUUAAGCACGUAAUUAAACAUCAUCACAAUCAGCACUUUGUUUUUUAAAUCUUCAGUUUGGUAUAUUAUAUAAUCCAUUUUACUUCAGAGGUCUUUGUAUAUUCUGUAGUGGUACAAUUCGUUUUUCAGAACAUAAGAAAAACAUGGAAAAGCUGAGACUCUGCUGUUUCUGCCAGUGAACAUUGUGUACGUGCAUUUUCCCCUCAGAAAACAAAACUAAUGUAUAUGUUUUUUUCCCAAGAUGAAUAGAAGAUUUAUCAUGUGCAUGUGCACAUGAUUUAUCAUGUGACACGUGUGCAUGUGUCAGAUGGAAAGUUCUUUUACAAGGCAAAUAUGGUCUGACAGAUUUAUUUGUUUUGGUUUAAUUUAAUUUAUUUUUUAAAUAAAAGUUUAUUUCUAUGGAUGAAUUUUCCUAUGGUUGUCAGUAGACACAGAAUCUUAUGACUGUAUUGCAAGUCACUGGAAAAUGAAGGGUUAUAAUGUAAGUUCUUAUAGCCCUCUUAACUAAUUGUGCCUGUAUAAUUUAAUAUUUUGUCUAAUAUAAAACUAAUGUUUUUAAAGCAAAGUUUUAAAGGAAUGGUUUUUAUAGAGAGGCUAAUUUUUAGAUAAAGCAAAAGAGGAUUUUUAAAUAAAGUUUGUUUUAAAGCAAAGCUUUAACUCUAUAGAUAAGUCCCAUUCUAACAUAUUUUUAUGAUACACGAAUGUUUUCCUAUCCAGUUUCUUCCAUCUUAUUUUUCACAGUAUUUUACAUGUGAAGAGCAUGAAUUAUUUUGUGUGUGAAUAAGUGCCCAUUGUACUGUUAGAUCACCAGUGCAUAUUUGUUUAGUCAAAAUACCAUUCUCCAUACUCAUUCAUUGUAAGUUUGUCUUACUCCAGUACACAACUUUUCCUUGAAAUCUUGAGUAAUAAAAAUGUCUUGAGGUCUAUAAAAUGGCUAAUAUUUUUAGACUGUAAUGCCUUUUUUUGUUUUGUUUUUAAUAAUGGACCCCCUUGUCAGGGUGUUUUUUUUAGAAUAAAAAUGUAUUAUAUUUAAAUAAAAGUGUAAGUAGCUAUAUAUUUUCCUUUAAAAAAAAAAAGAAAAAUGAAAAAAAGGAUGAAAUGUAACAAUUUAUUAGAAGGACAAGAUUUGGGGUACAAGUCUGGAAACAUUUCUGUGGUUGACAGUGUCAAAAUAAGGUUUCCUGUAGAUUUGGAUGUUAUUCUGUGCCUCAGUUUUGAGUGUUUAGAAACCUCUUCUGUGCAUGCUCAAUGACUGCUAGGAAAAAGAGGAGAGACAGUGAUAGGAGAAGUAAAUACAGAAACUGCUUUGGAAAGAGAAUUGAAGAACAUAUGUGCAAAACAAAAUAUUUCAGAGACAGUAUCAUGAGCAAGAAGGAGAAAAGGGAAGUUUUCUGGGGUCUUGAGGAACAGACAAGCACUUUCCUAGAUAAAUAAUACAUAUUCUGCUGCCCUUUUUGAAUACUAUGUUGUUUCAUUAGCAGUGUGAAACUUCAAAACAUGAUUGUGAAGUCUACCCAAAUGGCAAACUUGAGAGCUGAAAUACUUUCUCUCUGAAAUUGAUGGGAGUGUUGGUUGGUCUGGGUGAGAUUUUUUGUUUUGAUUUUUGUUUGGUUGGUUUUUCUUGGUUUUUUUUUUAAUGUUAAUGGACAAAGAUGUUUUAUCAGUAUGUUUGCCUGUGUUAAUAUAGAGAAGCAAGAAAAGAUAACUGGAUUAAAGAGGAAUAAAGUCAUGCUCUUUGAUUCUAAUUGGCAGCAGUUAGAACCAGGAUAUUUUACAAUAGUUGAGAAAAAUGUUAAUUUCUUCUUCAGUGCAUAUCCAAUUUUGACCUUCCACAAGUUCAUAGGACUUUUUAUUUUUAAUACGUCAUAUUUUUAAAAAGUCUCUCCCCACACAAAGUACUCAUUCAGCCUUUUAAAACAAUCUUAUUCUAAGCAGCUAGAUUUUUGUUAUUCACUAGUAUUGUGAACCAUGAGUGUGAGCCAGAGUGAUGCUGUGCUAGGUGCUAACCAAACACAGAAUAGCAAACCCCCAAAGCUAGAAAUAUCUGACACUUGCACCAAGCAGUUCUUCAGUUAAUUUUCCGAUAGGAUUUUUUGCUUUCUUGUUCUUUCUGACAAGUUUGCAUCCAAUGUUCUUGUAAUUGUAUUAUGAAAGUACUCCUCUCUGGGACUCGGAUAAAAUGAGGCAUUUCUGUUUAUAAUGAGACUAUAACUUAAUCUGAAGUUGUGUUUUAAGUUUCAUGCAAAAUUUGUGCACAAAUGAAAAUAUAUGUUUUUGUGGUUUUCAUGUUCUUGUUAUUGGUAAUGUAUUUUGCAAUACUUUUGCUUGAUGCUGUAAUUUGUUAUCUGCUUCUCUGUCCCUACUGUCUGUGGUCAUUUGAUACAUUGUGAGUUUGUAAGGAUACAGCAAUACUACAGACUUGUCCCGGGCUAUUGCUGGAUGUUCUUUCUUUGUAUCUUCUGCUCAUUUAAUUUCAGAUUUAUUGUUUCCAGUUUUUUUCUCAGUCAUGUAUUUGAAAUUUUUAAUAUUGUAAAGAGCUAAAUUACAGGACAGUAUAUUCUCUUUGGAAGUAAAUCAAUGACAGGUAAACAGAAGAGGAUGGUGUCCUGAUUUGAAGCGUAGAGGGCAGGCUGGUACCUGUGCUCCUGUGCUCAGGAGUCUGCUUUAUUUCACUGAGUAAUGGGAAAGAGGAGCGGGAUGAUGAUUCUUGAUUUCUUUAGCGGCCUUCCUUUCUUUGUUCCUUAGGGUCAGCUCUGCCUGAGAACAGAGUAUCUGAAUUCGUACUGGAAAGAGAAGUGUUUCAAUUGUUGGUGUUUUGGGGACAGAUAGGAAAAGUAAAUUGUGUCUCACUAAUGUAACUAAAAUCCCAGAAUUUUUGCCUUUAAUGAUUUAUCUGCUAUGAAUUACAGCAUUCCUGAUAAUGUUUGUCAGAAAAAUUUGUAAUAGCGUAGCUCUGAGCAUGCCCAGAAACAAAGGUUUUGUUCCUUGUUUGGUUUGCAGUUAUGAAUACAUUCAUUCCUUCAGCAGAACAAAUCUUGUUUUAAUAAAAUAAAGACUGAAUAUA